AUGAAUGGAUUACGUGAUCGGUACAUGAAGCAAGCCCCAAAAGAAGUUCCCGUGGAGAUUGCAAGCAACUCAAAUUAUUUUCCUUACUUUAAGGACUAUAUUGGUUUGAUAGAUGGCACACACGUCGACGCGGUGUUAACUAGUGACCUAGUUGCACGGUUUAGAGGGAGAAAAGGGGUGACCCAAAACAUCUUAGCAGCCUGCACCCCCAAUAAACUAUUUACUUAUAUCUUAGCUGGCUGGGAGGGAGCAGCAAAUGAUUAUAGGAUAUUACAAGACGCUCUGUCGAGACCACAGCCUUACGGGCUCCGAAUUUAUGAUGGUAAAUAUUACCUAUGUGACACUGGAUACACUAUAAUUCCAGGCUUCAUAUCCCCAUAUCGCGGUAAUCGGUUUAAAAUUCUAACGGUGAAGCCAAAUUAUCCAUUUCCCACUCAAGUGGAUAUUAUACUAGCGUGUACUGUGUUGCACAAUUUUAUUACCUUGGAGGAUCCGGAUGAUGAUAUUUUAAAUGAAAAUGUUGAAAUUGAUGAAGAUACUGAGGAAGAGAUAAAUGAAGACGAUUCAAAUAUGGUGGAUUAUACUCAAAGUAGGACACAAAGAGAGGAUCGAGAUGUAAGAAAUGAAUGGAAGGAGAUGCGAGAUCAAAUUGCUUGGGCGAUGUGGGUGGAUUAUUGUGCAAAGUAUAAUGGUGGUAACACAAUGGAGAGUGGUUUAACUUAG